AGUACAGGUGUCAACACUAUCGUCGCAAGCACGUCCCUCUGUCUGUGCACUUUGAGUUGUUGUUGUUACCGUCGUUCGAGUACACUUAACGUGUACGUCUUAUAACCGCCGAACACCAUUUUAAAAGCACAAGCACGGUCAUCGAUCACGUUCUUCGAAGAAGAAAAAAUACAAAAGAAUACAAAAAAACCCGUUACGCUAACGCACGCCCGCACGACCUAAAAUCAUAAUGAGUUUUUCUUCGGAAUCCGGAGCGGAAGCGGCGGCCAUCGCGAAGAAAUUAAACUUGGAAAAAGCGACAAAUUUCAUGAAACAAUACAGAGACCCGCACAGCCGAGAACUGAAGAAACUCUCGGCUAACCAAUUCAUGGACGUCUGGAGUCAUUACGAUAAAGACGGUAACGGAUACAUCGAAGGAACUGAACUCGACGGGUUUCUCAGGGAAUUCGUUGCGAGUGCUAAUACAGCGGACGUCAGCCCCGAGGCGGUGUCGGACGCUAUGCUGAUCGAACUUAAGCAGUGUUUCAUGGAGGCCUACGACGAUAACCAGGAUGGGAAAAUUGACAUUCGUGAACUCGCUCAACUUUUGCCAAUGGAAGAGAACUUCUUGCUGCUGUUCCGGUUCGAUAACCCAUUAGACUCUAGCGUCGAAUUCAUGAAGAUUUGGAGAGAAUACGAUACCGACGGCAGUGGUUACAUCGAAGCCGAUGAGUUGAAGAACUUUUUACGGGACUUGCUAAAGGAAGCGAAAAAAAUCAACGACGUAUCCGAGGAUAAACUCAUUGAAUACACAGACACAAUGUUGCAAGUUUUCGACGCCAAUAAGGACGGAAAAUUACAACUUUCUGAAAUGGCCAAGUUGCUUCCCGUCAAGGAGAACUUCUUGUGCCGUCAAGUGUUCAAAGGGGCGACCAAACUGACCAAAGACGAUAUCGAAAGAGUGUUCUCGUUGUACGACCGGGACAACAACGGAACCAUCGAAAACGAAGAACUUCGAGGAUUCUUGAAAGACCUUCUCGAGCUGGUUAAAAAAGACUACGACGCUGACGACUUGCAAGACUUCGAAGAGACAAUACUGCGAGGGGUAGACUACAACGAGGACGGCAAGAUCAACAGAAAAGAGUUGACCAUGAUACUGUUGGCUCUCGCCAAACACAACCAAGAAGAUGAUUCGGCCGCCAAGAAAGAAUAAUUUCAACAGUUUCAUUUCCAAUCAUGAUACAUUUUCGACGGAGAAAACAAAAAAAAAUUAAUUAACGUGCACAAAAUAAGUAUGUCUUGUCAUAUUGUAUCAAAUGGGGCGCAACUCGUACCCAUAGCGCAUAAUUUGUUGUUAUUUUGACGUAUUACAAUAUUAACUGAUAUUAUUAUUAUUAUUAUUAUUACUAUUAUUAUCGCGUUUGCUAAAAUUAAUUAUGUAUUUUAUUGUUGUUCGAUUAUCUUUUAUCUCUAUUGGGUAAAAUUGUGGAUUUCCGUGUUACUGUUAGUCUGAUUUAAUAUUAGUACGCAUUGUCCACUUGUUAACUAAUGGACAAUUUUUCUCUCGUUUUCUCUCUAAUAGCGGUCUCUCUCUAUCUAUCUAGCUCUCUGUUAUAAUUAUAUGUUAUUGUAGUAUGUCUCUAUUGAUAUUUUAUUCGUUGUUUGUUUUCUGCGCACUAUUUGGCACUUCAACCUUUUCAAAUUCAAAACAAAAAUAUAUAUAUAUAUGCAUAAUAAUAAAUUAAUGUCUAUACGAGAAGUUCUACUGAUCUGUCCAAUCAUCAUAUAUUUAUUAUUAUUGUGUGUUCAGUUUUCUCAAAACCUUGUAUAAAAUAGUACAUUGUAACAAGUCUACUAUUAGGUAUCAAUAAUGUUUACUAAUAACUUAUAAUUGUUAUAAUAGUUGUCUGUUUAAAAACUAGUUUUGAUCUGUCAUUUUAGGAAAACAAUUUAAUUGAUUACUAUUGUAUUACUUUAUUAUACCUAUUAUUAUUAUUAUUAUAAAUUUACUUAAAUACAUUACUAUUAUUCAUCGAAACAGUUUUGCCAUACAAUCGUUUUAGCGAGUAGUGUCUAAUUUAACGACAACACUUUUUUUUCUAAUUUUCAAUUAGUAAAACUAUAUUUAUAGUGUAAGUACAAUAUAUUGUAGUGCGUAGCCGUUUCCAUUUAAACGUACAGAAAAAAUGCAAUAAAGAUUCAAUCAUAAUUUA